AUGCGGUUCUCCCUUGCUGCUACCACUCUCCUCGCUGGCCUGGCCAUGGCAGCGCCCUCGAGCAAAAAGACCAACGUCAAUCUCAAUAAGAUUGCUCAGCGCAAUGGCAUGCUAUGGUUUGGCACUGCAGCCGAUAUUCCCGGAACCUCAGAGACAACCAACAAACCCUACCUGAAAAUCCUACAAAGGGAGUUCGGCGAAGUAACUCCUGCGAACGCCUUGAAGUUCAUGUACACCGAGCCCGAGCAGAAUGUCUUCAACUUCACUCAAGGCGACUACUUCAUGGACUUGGCCGGGCAUUAUGGUCAUAGCGUCCGCUGCCACAACCUCGUCUGGGCCAGCCAGGUGUCCGACUUUGUCACGUCCAGGAAUUGGACCGCCGCCGAGCUCAAGGGAGUGAUGAAGAAUCACAUCUUCAAGACUGUCCAACACUUUGGCAACCGCUGUUACUCGUGGGAUGUCGUCAAUGAAGCCAUCAAUGGGGAUGGUACCUUCUCCUCCAGUGUAUGGUACGACACAAUUGGAGAGGAAUAUUUCUACCUUGCCUUCCAGUACGCCCAGGAAGCGCUCGCUCAGAUUCAUGCGCACAACGUCAAGCUUUACUAUAACGACUAUGGAAUUGAGAACCCCGGUCCCAAGGCGGAUGCUGUUUUAAAACUCGUGGCCCAGUUGCGGAAGCGCGGCAUUCGCAUUGACGGAGUCGGUCUCGAAUCCCAUUUCAUCGUGGGCGAGACUCCUUCACUGGCCGACCAGCUCGCUACCAAGAAGGCCUACAUUGAGGUUGAUCUUGACGUUGCCAUCACCGAACUCGACAUCCGUUUCUCCCAGGCCCCGUUCUACACCGCCGAGGCUCAAAAGCAGCAGGCGGCUGACUACUAUGCUAGUGUCGCCAGUUGCAAGCAGGCCGGACCUCGCUGCGUCGGCGUCGUGGUCUGGGACUUUGAUGACGCCUACUCAUGGAUUCCCGGGUUUUUUGUGGGACAGGGUGGCGCUUGUCUGUACAAUGAGACGCUCGAGGCGAAGCCAGCCUACUAUGCUGCUGCCGAGGCUUUGCAGAACAAGCCUUGCACCAUCAGCCCGAAAGCCAAGGCUCUCGUCCUGGAGCUUGGCUUUUCUGGAUAUCAACUCUCCAAGCAGCAGCGAGCAGAUCGGAGUCGAAGAACCAUGGCUGACGCCGUCCACACCUACACUGGGGUUUGGAUCAACUGGUCUGAUGGUGCAAUCCGUGGAGCCACAUUGACCUUGUCACAGAAGCAUGCAGGAGUACUGAGUGCUUUUCUGGCCAUCCUCGUUUCCUUUGCCGGGUCCUUGUUUUGGGGCAUCCUAAGCUUCGCCAUUCAUCAAGCCUCGACCACGGUACCAACACAAGGGCAAGAUGCACUGCACUCCCAGCGCCAGGUCAUUCUCCGCAACAAGGGCGCGGCCGCUGCAGCUUGGGCGCUGAUCAAGCUGCCAUUUGAGAAUGGGCGAACAGCCUCACGAGCCAAGGCCGUGGGACGGUCCCUACCUUUGGCAAUCUUGGCCAUCCUCAAUAUCCUUCUGUUCAGUGUGUCUGGUCUUUUUACAAGUUACAUCACGAAGUCAGGUGGCAACUCUACAAUCAUUAUCGGUCCAAGCUGUGGGGGCUUUGAUUACAACGCGUCGGAUAUAUCUGUCAUGGACUUAAAAGCCCUUCAGGAUACACACGAAGCUGCGACCUAUGUCCGUCAAUGUUAUCAGGGGAGCCCAUCGGGACUCAUGUGCGGGACAUACGCCCGUCCAAGCAUACCAUUUACCACGAAUCCAAACGCGUCCUGCCCUUUUGCAUCCGAGCUGUGCGCCUACAACAAGCAGUCGGCAUUCCAAAUGGACACUGGCCUCCUAGAUUCGCAUUCAGACUUUGGCAUCAACGCGCGGCCGAGCGAGCGGAUUAAAUUCAGACGGGCGACGACUUGCGCACCAGUCAAACAUGGAUCCGGCCUAGCCACAAGCCAGAACGACUCGACAUGGGGGGAAAUAAUCUAUAUCAAUGCCGGAUCAAAAUACUAUCUGGGCGAAAUGUAUACAAACUACACAUUCAGAUACACCCCCAUCCCGAAUCUGGAUGCGGUAGGCUACACCCUGAGCGCUGUCUUUGCCAAAGCCGAUCCCACGGGCAUCCUGCUGGCGGCUCAAUCAUGGGUCCCAGAUCCAAGGAUCAACCAAACCGAUGCCGACAUCACCAUGAUGAUGCUGAAUCAGAACGAUAUCGCAUACCUGCAACCCAGCAAUGAUCCUUGGAUCACAGCUCUGGAAGAGAAUAAUGUCACCGUGCCAGGCACUACAUACAGUGAGACGUUGUGGUCGGCGAGCUAUGAGACGAAUCUCCUGGUAUGCGUGGACCAGUAUCAAGUAUGCAACCCAGGUCGAUCCGGUGACUCCGGCUGCACCAAGCUUGGUGGCCUUUACACUACAUUCCAGUCUGCUUUCGAGGCUGAUGGUGCCACUCUGGGGUUCAAUAUCCACCAGCUUCAAACCAUCACACGGUUUCUCUCUGCAAACACUGACAGGAUACCCAGAGAUUCUCUCCCCUGCUUUCCCAAGCUAAGGAGCACUCUCAGCGUCAAUGAUGGCCUAUACGAAUAUUCAAUCAUAUCUCCCCCCGAACCAAUGGCAAAUCGAGGUUUCAACGUGUUUGCGGCUGCUGCGUGUCGGAACCAACUCAUCAAUAAUGCCUUGGGAUACGAAAACUUUUCGAUCCUUGGACUGGCUCUCACCCUCAUCAUUUGCGGCCUCAUUGUGAUUAUUGGGCUCACAGUUGAUACCGUAGUGGGCUGGCUGCGACGGGGGAAGACCAAGUACAAGCGGGAUCAGUGGGCCGUCGAGGAAACAUUGGCCCUGCAUCGGGCAGCGUACACAAAUCUGGGGCUUUGGCGAGACAAUGGAGAGGAAAUGCCUCCAAGUUCGAUUCUUCUGAACCACUCAGCCCCGUCCAUCCCGCCUGGAGCUGAGCUGGACAGAGAAGAAGGUGUUGGCAUGGGAAUGAAGCAUGGGGAUCUUACAAUGUUACCACCUCAGGGUGCCGAACAAAUGGACGGCAGUGAGAGCUCUUCGACAGGAUCUUCCCUGGACCGUUCAGGUUCAGAAACGCUCAGCCAAGCAUCAAGAUCAGUCACCGGCCUCGAUAUUGAAGCCAUUUCGCGGAUCGCUUCCUCAGCUUCUACCCCAGGGCGACGGACAGAGGGCCGCAGGGCGACGCUGGGUACAAUUGCAGAAGAUGACCCGGCACUGGACCCGACCAGGAAAGAAUUCGAACCCUACAAAUGGGCUCGCACCAAGCUCAACCAGCUUGACGAGGAAGGCAUCUUGCGUAAGCAUGCGGGGGUGGUCUUCAAAAAUCUCAAUGUAUCCGGGUCGGGCGCAGCGCUACAGCUUCAAGAAACGGUGGACUCGGCUCUAUCAGCCCCAUUUCGUGCAGACAGCUACAGAGGCGUGAUACAUUCAGCGCCCAGGAGGCAGAUCCUGCAUAAUUUCGAUGGUGUGCUGAGAAGCGGCGAGAUGCUCAUGGUUCUCGGUCGACCGGGCAGCGGCUGCUCGACGUUCCAGAAGACAAUCUGCGGCGAGUUGCACGGGCUCGAGUUGCAUCCGGGCUCGGUUAUGCACUACAACGGGAUUCCUAUGAAACGGAUGCACAAGGAGUUCAAAGGGGAAUGCGUCUAUAACCAGGAGGUGGACAAACAUUUUCCCCAUUUGACCGUCGGCGAGACGCUGGAAUUCGCUGCGUCAGCCAGAACACCAUCUCAUCGGCUGUCCGGGGUGUCUCGCAAGCAAUAUGUCAAAGAGACAACACAGGUGGCCAUGGCAGUGCUGGGCCUGUCCCAUACCUAUAACACCAGAGUUGGGGACGAUUAUAUUCGAGGAGUAUCUGGUGGAGAGCGAAAGCGUGUCAGUAUCGCGGAGAUGGCGCUCGCACGAGCUCCCCUUGCUGCUUGGGAUAACAGCACACGGGGUCUUGAUGCUGCCAGUGCUCUGGAAUUUGUGAAGGCACUGCGAAUAUCCGCCGAUCUAACCGGAAGCUGCCAUGCUGUAGCCACCUACCAGGCAUCUCAAGCAAUCUAUGACGUCUUCGACAAGGUGAUUGUCUUGUAUGAAGGCCGGGAAAUCUACUUCGGACCAUGCAAGCAGGCGGAGAAAUAUUUUGUCACGAUGGGUUGGAUAAAUCCUCCUCGACAGACGGUUGGAGACUUUCUUACUUCCGUUACCAACCCUCACGAGCGUAAGGCCCGAGAAGGGAUGGAGGAUGCGGUUCCGCGGACUCCUGAAGAGUUCGAGAGCUACUGGAAGAAGAGCCCUGAAUACGCGGCCCUCCUCGAAGAAAUCAGACAGUACGAGUCUGAAUAUUCUCUCGGAGGCCACGGGCAAGAGGAUGUCACAGCUGGGAAGCGCAUGGAGCAGGCAAAGCACGUCCGGCCAAAAAGUCCAUAUCUCAUCUCUGUUCCAAUGCAACUCAAACUGUGUAUGAUACGGGCCUAUCAGAGGAUAUGGAAUGACAAAGCUUCAACCCUGACGUUGCUUGUGGGUCGAAUCGUUAUGUCUCUGGUUGUUGCAUCGAUUUUCUUCGGCACUCCAGAUGCCACUGCUGGUUUCUUCGCCAAAGGUUCACUGCUCUUUUUUGCCGUCCUACUCAAUGCCCUGAUAAGCGUGACGGAAAUCAAUUCCCUCUAUGAUCAGCGUCCUAUAGUGGAGAAGCAAGCUUCCUAUGCCUUUGUCCACCCUUUUGCAGAGGCUUUUGGGGGGAUCAUGGCAGAUCUACCCAUCAAGCUUGCUUCUGCAGUAUUGUUCAAUGUAACCAUAUAUUUUCUUGGAAGUCUGCGCUAUACUGCAUCCCAAUUUUUCAUCUUCUUUCUCUUCAGCUUCCUUUCCACUAUGAUCAUGUCGGCUGUCUUCCGUACUUUGGCCGCAUUGACGCGAAGUGUUGCCCAGGCCAUGGCUUUGGCCGGAGUCAUGAUCCUCAUUAUUGUCAUCUAUGCAGGAUUCGUGAUUCCCGCGCCAGAGAUGCAUCCCUGGUUCUCUUGGUUACGAUGGAUCAACCCUCUCUUCUAUACCUUCGAGAGCCUCAUUGCCAAUGAAUUCCAUGGGCAAAAUUUCGAAUGUUCUCAGUUUAUUCCUGGAUACCCAAGCUUAUCCGGCGAUGCCUUUAUUUGCUCCGUGCCUGGGUCCGUUGCAGGGGCACGAACCGUGUCUGGUGAUUCCUUCAUCUACGCGCAGUACCGCUACAGCUACUCCCACGAAUGGAGGAAUCUCGGCAUCCUCAUCGCUUUCUGGGCCUUCUUCACUUGCAUCUAUCUCCUUGCCACAGAGUUGAAUUCCGCCACGACGUCCACAGCUGAAUUCCUCGUCUUCCGCCGAGGUCACAUUCCUGCCUACAUGCAACCAACCGUUCAGGAUACAGAGAAGACUCCUACCUCCCAAACACUGGCACUGGAGCCCCUGGCAGAGAACGGAGAGCCCGUUGAAUUGAGUACAGUCAUGCCACAGCAGCAGAGCAUCUUUACCUGGCAGGACCUCUGUUACGACAUCCCAGUGAAAGGAGGACAACGCCGCCUUCUCGAUCAUGUUUGCGGAUGGGUCAAGCCAGGAACUCUUACAGCGCUAAUGGGCGUGUCUGGAGCAGGGAAAACCACGUUGCUGGAUGUGCUUGCACAACGGGUUUCUAUUGGGGUGGUCACUGGUGACAUGUUGGUUAACGGAUCUUCUCUACCAGCGAGCUUUCAACGACAAACCGGGUAUGUACAGCAGCAAGAUCUUCAUCUAGUUACGUCUACUGUACGAGAGGCCUUGAGAUUUAGCGCCAUGCUCCGGCAGCCCAAGCACGUUUCCAAGGCAGAGAAGUAUGACUACGUGGAGCAAGUCAUCAAGAUGCUGAAUAUGAAGGACUUUGCGGAGGCCGUCGUCGGUACGCCAGGCGAAGGCCUCAAUGUGGAGCAGCGGAAACUCUUGACCAUUGGUGUCGAACUUGCAGCCAAGCCCGAGCUUCUCCUAUUUCUUGAUGAGCCCACGAGCGGUUUAGAUUCGCAAAGUGCAUGGUCUAUCUGUGCCUUUCUCCGUAAGCUUGCAGAUAACGGACAGGCAGUUCUCUCGACGAUACACCAGCCAAGCGCCAUCCUAUUCCAGCAGUUCGAUUGGCUUCUCUUCCUGGCCAAAGGUGGGAAAACCGUCUACUUUGGCGAGAUUGGGGAGCAAUCCAGAACACUGCUGGACUAUUUCGAGCGGAACGGAGCAAGGAAGUGUGACCCAUCCGAGAAUCCUGCUGAAUACAUGUUGGAAAUCAUUGGCGCCGGUGCAGCUGGCCAGGCUACCAAAGACUGGCCGGUAGUUUGGAAAGAAAGCCCUGAAGCCCUCGAAGUGAAAGCCGAAUUAGGUCGCAUCCGUGCCACGGGAUCCGUUCCUAAUGGCGGCACGGCACUGAUGGAGAAACGGUCUGACGAACAGGGAGAAUAUGCCAUGCCGCUCGUCGCUCAGCUGUGGUGGGUAACUCGCCGGGUAUUUCAGCAGUACUGGCGUGAGCCUGCCUAUAUCGGGGCAAAGUUCAUGCUAGGUGUCGUUUCGGCUUUGUUCAUCGGCUUUUCCUACUUCUUGCCAGGACAGUCUAUUCAGGGGAUACAGAACCGUCUAUUCAGUUCGUUCAUGUUGACUUCAAUUUUCUCCACGUUGGUCCAACAGAUCAUGCCCAAAUUCGUCACUCAGCGUUCGUUGUACGAGGCUCGCGAACGGCCAUCCAAGACUUACUCAUGGGUGGCCUUCGUUGUCUCGAAUGUCGUUGUGGAAAUUCCAUACCAGAUCUUUCUCGGAGUUCUCGUCUGGGCGAGCUACUACUACCCUAUUUACGGUGCAAAGCAGAGCUCGGAUAAGCAGGGACUAAUGCUACUACUUGUGAUUCAAUUCUUCCUCUUCACUUCGACCUUCGCAGACCUGGUGAUUUCCUCAUUGCCGGAUGCCGAGACUGCAGGAACCGUUGCAACAAUGUCCUUUGCCCUCAUCCUAACAUUCAACGGAGUCAUGCAGACUCCAACUGCACUUCCCGGUUUCUGGAUUUUCAUGUACCGUGUCUCGCCCCUGACAUAUUUGGUGGCGGGACUGUGCGGCAAUGCACUCCACGGGCAGCAAGUUCGCUGUUCUGGCAGGGAGCUCAGUGUAUUUUCUCCGCCUCAAGGCCAGACAUGCGGUCAAUACCUUGCGGACUGGUUGAGUGUCUCGACAGGCCAACUCUAUAACCCAUCUGCCACGUCAGGAUGCGAGUUCUGUGCUUUUACUACCGCAGACCAGUACCUGGCUCUAAGCAAGAUCUACUACAGUCAACGCUGGCGCAACUUCGGGAUUGGCUGGGCGUAUAUUGGUUUCAACAUCGCCGGGGCUGCAGUGUUGUACUAUGUUUUCCGUGUUCGCCACUACAAGCCAACGUUGCUUCCCUGGGUAGUGACUGCCUGUGGAAAAGUCUUGCAUAGACUGUUUAGAAGAAGAUCCGGAAGCGUCCCGCCAGAGAAGAGGGCUGAGAAUAGCCGCGUCCUCUGA